AUGUCUCAAUAUCCACCAAUUCGUCCCUGGGCAACUCUCAAUGCCAUUGACCAGGACCACAAGUCGGAAAUCCUCGACGAAGAUGAACGCCAGCAAUGGUUUCAACAGCAUCCACAUGUUGAUCUUCACACCGCAAAGAGGAUUGACAACAAGAGUCAACGUGCCUUCGCAGAGCGGGGCCCCAGCAUGGCUGAAGGCCUUCGUGGUAUUGCAGAACGUGGUGCAGCUCGUCGCAAUGGAACGGCUGUGAACAAGAACGAUAUAUUUACCAAGCCAUUGCCACCUAUUCCUCAACAGGAAGCCCCUCAGCCGGCCACCACAGUUGGUCAGGAGGGUGUUUCCCAAGGUUCUGGGCACGAUAUCAACAAGAUGAGCAUUUAUUACGUGCUUGACAGAUCCAACAUGCAAGGCCACCACGAAACCUCAUUUGCUCAGCGAGAAGAUUCUCAGCCUGCUACUGAAGUUGAUGAGAAGGCAGUUGUUGAUGGCUCUGUGCACUCGAGUGAAAAGAUGAAACCAAAUUUGCUUCUUGAGGAAUGCAAGCUCCAAGGAUACGACGACGAGACUCCAUCUAUUCAACCCGAUGGAUCUAAGCCGGCCCUGCCAUCCUUUUCGUAUCACUAUUGCAAUGCACAGGCCUCCUACGCCACUCGCUCUUCUGCUGUCCAUCGCUUGGCUCAGGCUACUCAAUGUGCUACUCCUGCGUUUGAAGCCCCUAAUGUUCAAGCCAAUCCCAGUCCCCAUCGCAACGGUUACAGUCCAACUUCGUGGUACGAAGCUUUACCCACUGGCCACGAAUCUUCUCCGGAUGCUCAGGUUCCAGUAGCUCCCAGCGCUACUCCAGUGCCCGAAAUCAAGCAAGAAAAUCAAUUCACGGACGUAGGGGCAACCAUUGAUGAACUGCUUGCCUUGAUCGACAAGGAAAAAGAGAGCUACCGCCUUGCAAAUGAAAAUCACAACCCAGGAAGUUCAUCUUCUGCUUACCGUCUCGCUCCCCCUAAUUCGGCGUCUACGAACAUCUACCAUGCGGACCAACGCUCUAGUCCUGUAUUUGCGAGCCCCGGCAAAAUUCGCGAAGUUACACCUGCAACACCUGCGUGGUGGUCCCCGUCUCCUGUUUCAUCCCCUUCUCCCAAGGGAUGUUGCCAUUGGUCUUCGGAUGAAUUUGAGCCUGGAACUACUGCAUCUCCUGAGCCUCAGUUCGAUCGGGAAUGGUCUGCUUCCGACGUGUCUAUGGAAGAGUCACCUGCGUUGACUUCGUCUCCUCCUCACAUCGCUUCUCUCCAAGGAGAUUUCACUUGGCGUUCGGACAACCCCGACGAGGUUGAAACUGGCUUUACUGUACCCCUUGGACAAAUGUAUGCUCGGGACUGCACUACUCCUGAUUCGCCUCUACUGGAUUCACCUUCAUCUCCAACUCCAGCUCUUCCUUCUACUGAGCGUCCUCCCAGUGACCUUCAUGGAUUUUCCUAUGCCGAUGCGCCUCGGGUUGGAAUUUAUCCAUCUCAGAUUCCCAAAGUUCCCCAGCCUACGCAGCUUAUUUCUCUCCCGGAUUACAUUUUAUCUCCUUCCAGCUACCCAAGAUGGUUGAAGGAGUAUAGAGCCCACAUGGAGAAUGUCGAGCAGUCUCCUGUCCCACCGCAAUUGAACGUGACGGAGAAGAAAACUACCUUCACCAUGGACGUCCCCAUCCAUGAAGUUUCCCAGCAUCAGACAGCCGUUCACGUGUCUGAGUCUACCAAUGGUGGACAUAGCCGUGCAGCUUCCUUCGUCAGCAACACCCCCAGCAACGCAACUCUGAGUCGUGUCACCCAAAGCCCGGAUUCCUACAGUUCUGAAGGCUCCGAAGACUCUCGUGGAACCAAGCGCAAGCGGUUUACCAAGAACCUCUUUGGUAAGAAAGGAUACCUUGAGGACAAUGAGGGGCCACGCGACAAGAGAUUCCGCUUUCUGAAGGAGGCCAUCGAAAAGGGACAUUCAACCAUUGGCAGUAUCAAGGGAAUGUUUUGGGAUGAGGAUCGAGCUUUGAUCAACUCAUCCAAGCCCAGUAUCGUCACUGAGAACACUGCUCCUAUUACUUUGAACACCGAUGUGCAGUCAAUUCUGUACGCCGAGAUUGAAAACAUGAUCACCCACGCGGCCAACGAAUUCCUGAUGAAGGAGUAUUAUGAAGGUCACCUUACUAUUAGUUCUCUCAACAGGAUCAAAAGAAGAUGGGAGAAGAAGCACAUGCCUGGUGUCCCUCAAUUCCGUUUCGACCAAACUACCCAAUACCGGCUUAUCAGCGCAAACCGCGACCAUCUGAACUUCGGCCAAACCAGCAACGGCCUUAAACCCAACACCGUUCUGAGCAACUGGAAAAAGAUCUGCAAGAAUAUGAGCAUCCGCACCUUUGUGGCUCCCGAUUCGGUUAUCAAGAAGCAAAUCCACGAUAUCCUGGAUCUCUUGGAGAUCUUGAAGGCCGAUGAAUGCCACAUUGAGCUGAUUAUGGCCCUCAAUGCGCAUGUUCGUGGAGAGCUGAAGAAGCACGAGGUGAUGCAGCACUAUCGAGACACUCAGAACUCUGGAAACUCUCGCUCUUAA